UUCAGGUUACAACAGUUGUCGUUGGCGUGUCGUCGGUUUCAGAGCGUUUCGAAAACUCAAUUUCCGCUCUAAGUCGCAGUUGGAACUGAAAUAUCAAAAACUAUCUAGCGCGCGUGAAAAAAUUCAUUAAUUUAUUUGUGUACUUUGUGUGAGAUAUAACUGACAAGCUAACCUUAAACAUUUGGCUGCACUUGUGUUCCGCACCUCUCUGCAAUCUCAACAAAAAGCUAAAAAAUAAAUCUCACGCGUCGAAAUGUCGCCGGCUGAUGAUAAUUCCUUUGCCACAACCCAGGGCAACAAAAAGGCCACCUACACGCUGAUAUGCAUCAAAAUUGUGGAACUGUGCCUGCUAAUAUGCUGCCUAGGUCUGAUCGAUGAGCCGGCCACCAAUUCUCAUCUGCGGGUGUUCAUUACACCCCGAGUGGCUGCCCUUUGCUAUGUGACCUUUGGUGCCCUGACUAUUUACACUGCGAUCUAUCUGAUAAUGGCGCUUUUUGGUGAUCUGACCCCCUGGCGAACGGCUACUUUGUGGAACCUGACGGCCUUCGUGCUGUUUGUGGCCGUGACCGCUCUGCUCUUCCGGGAUUGGUCGACCACCAAGGAUCGCAACUACUGGCACCCGAAUAUGCAUCGCUUGGAUCUCGUGAUGGCUUCGGCCUCCAUCGCCUUGGUCACCUCGCUGGUCUUCCUGUUGGACAUUCUCAUCACCAUCCGUUUCGGCGUCCACGGCGAUCUGGAUUGACAUGGUCGAUCCCGUGAGGUUUGGCGGAACAGAGGUAUCCACUCGAUUCUCGCCCAGAGUGGACUGUAAUAUUUAUAGCUCCAACUUAGAUGUAAGAGCCCGUUCACAUCCCCGUCUCCCAGCUAAUUGUAAUCCCACGAGAAAACAUCUGAAUUGCCAUCAUCGAAUCGAAAAUGUACAAAAACGACGUCCGAGGAGGUUUAAAGUUCUUAUCGCAUCGGCUGCCCUGUUUUGUUUUUUUUUAUAAGCUUAGUACAUCGAGCAUCACGAACGUUUUAUCUAAUCCAAUUAAUAUCUAAGAUCCAACACGAAUAAAUUUUGUACGAGCGAAUAUUUUCACAAAUCAAAAA